CAUGCCGUUGAAGCUCCCGGUGCCUGUUCCCUCGCUGAAGAACUAUCACCAUGUUUCACUUUUGAAGAGCCCGCAGUUGGCAGACAGGAUUAUGGCUAAACUGAGGUACGAUAAGAUCUAUAACGACCAGCUACAGAUACUGGACGUAUACUCAUCGAAUUUGGUCUUCUCACUCACGCUGAACAACUAUCUGUCUCCCAAGCAGCACAUUCUCAUGGAGGACAGACCUGAAUAUGUCAAGUACAUCAGGUCGUACUUUGAAAAGCUUCCGGAUCCGGCGUCCACCACGUUUGAACACGUCCAGAGCGACCCAUACAACUGGCAGUCCUAUCUAGACUUGACCCAAUUGCAGCCAGGGUUCGAAAAAAGAGACCAUAUCCACUCAAAGUUCCUCUUUACCGGGUUAUGCCAUCUUGAAGGUUUGGUGAUGCAAUGGAUGGCAUGCAUGGGCAAUCAAAACUGGAUCCAGAAGUUUGGUAACGUACGGAUGCUCUUGUGGAUACCACAGCCCACGGCUCUGAAGAUCAUGGCUCCUGCAAACACUCGUGAAAGGAACAAGUGUUCCAUCGUAAGAGAAGCAUUCAGUGACUCAAGAGUGAUUGCCAUGCCACGAAACAAGCUGUGCAACUCGUUCCAGGACGAUGUCAUGGAUGAGUGCAUCAUCUUCGAGGAGGAUGACUUUUCAAAUCCGGUUCACCCAAUGGCUCUUGUGGAGUUCCAGCCGAAGGACAACGACAUUGAGGAUAUGUUCACAUGGGACUUCAUCACCAAGAACAUGAUGAUCCUCAAGACCAAACCUGUGAGUGAAAGUGUAAAGAACCUGGGCCCAGGAGCAGAGGAAUGGUUCAAAAGCUCUCUACCAGCGGACUUACUCAAACGUAAGGUGAAUAGCCUCGAAGCCCACGAUUUCAAAGUGAUUUUGGAUAAGUUCGAAGAAUGGCCGUUCAAGCCAGAAACCACUAUCGAGUUCAUAUCAGAUGAUAGAUCAUAGAGACGUUCGACGCUGGAAGGCAUCUGAACAGUUGACUUGUAUAUAAUGAGCAAAAUGAAACCACUGUGUAUACCGUUUGAUUAUAACUGUGGUCGCUCUAUACGUACGUUGUUAUAAUAUAAUUAUAAUAAUUAUAUAAUCGGU